ACCGCAAAAAAUUUUUAUUCUUAUUUCAUCUAUUAUUUCUAAUAAUAAAAAAUAAUAACAAAAAUGCAAAAUAACGAAAAUAUAAAUUGGAUUGAGGAAGCUAUUAUUAAACAACAUAUUAAAUAUUAUGAGUAUGAAAAUUUUAAAAAUAUUCAAGAAGUUGGUUCCGGAGCAUUCGGAAAGGUUUUUCGUGCAAAUUGGAAAAAUUUUGGUCAUUAUUUAGCAUUAAAAUCAUUUUAUAAUCUAAACGAUAUUACCUUAAAAGAAAUUGUUAAUGAACUUAAACUUCAGCGAGAAGUAGAUUUUCAUGACAAUAUUAUUCGCUUUUAUGGAAUCACAAAAUUUGAAUCAGAAAAUAAAAUUGACCAAACAAAGAAUUAUUUGUUAGUAAUGGAAUACGCUAACGGUGGUACCCUUCGUGACUAUUUAAACGAAAACUUCAAUAGACUUAGUUGGGAUGAUAGGUAUAAUUUAGCUCAUCAAUUAGCUUGUUCUGUAUUAUGUCUACAUGAUGAAGGGAUCGUUCACCGAGAUUUGCAUUCUUGUAAUGUGUUGGUUCAUAAGAAAUCCAUCAAGUUGGCGGACUUUGGAUUAUCAAAAAGAAUUGAUGAAGCAUCGAAUUCACAAUCAAAGUUACUUGGUAUGGUUCCCUAUAUUGAUCCGAAAGUAUUAAUGAAUAGCAAUAAUUUAAAAUUAAAUGAGAAGAGCGAUGUAUAUAGUAUUGGCGUUUUAUUAUGGGAAAUAUCAAGUGGGAAACCACCAUUUCAUGAAGAGAAAAAUAAGAUCGGCUUAAUCUAUGACAUUUCACAAGGACGAAGAGAAAAAAUUAUUCCUAAUACUCCUAAUGAUUAUUCAAAUCUUUAUAUUGAAUGUUGGAAUAAUGAACCAAGUAAACGACCAAAUAUGCAUGAGGUUGUUAAUAGAAUAGGAGUAUUUAUUCCAGAUUCAAAUAGCACAACAAUUGAUCAACAGAAUGACAUAUCUGAUCAAACUUAUCCUACGCCAAAUGAAAAUCCAACUCCAAAUAGUGCAGGAAAUUCAUCACAUGGGGAAUUAUCCCAAAUGAUCCAAAAUUUCACUAAUAUGAAUACAAGUGAAAUAGAUAGUAUGUCUACAAAUGAACAAAUUAAUGAAAAUAUUUCGUCCGAGAAUUAUUUUAGCAUUGUGAUUAACGAAAUAGUUGAUCUCAUUUUUAAAGAAAACAUUAAAGAUAAUAUGAAGGUAAAACAGCAUGUUAUUGAUUAUUUGAAUAAUCAUAAUGUAAAUUCUAAAGAAAUUUAUAAUUGGUUAUUAAAUAAUCAAAACAAUUCAGAAUCUAUUUUUUUACUUGGUUAUUUUAAUUAUUUAGGAAUUGAAACAAUUAGUGAUCUUGAGAAAGCAUUUAAUUUAUUUAUUAAUGCAUCAAAACAGGAUCAUACAUUAGCACAAUAUUUUGUUGGAAAAUGUUAUCAAUUUGGAAAUGGAAUUACAAAAAAUGAAAAACUUGCAUUUGAAUAUUAUGAAAAAGUAUCUAGUAAAGAUUAUGCAAGUGGACAAUUUAAAUUAGGUUGGUUUUAUGAUAUUGGGAUAAGUGUCAAUAAAGAUUUAAAAAUGGCUGUGUAUUGGUAUGAAAAAGCUGCAAAUAAUGGACAUUUAAAUGCUAUGCAUAACCUUGGCCUCUCAUAUAAAAAUGGAGAUGGUGUUGAUAAAAAUAAUCAAAAAGCUUUUGAAUUAUUCAAACAAUCAGCUGAAGGAGGACAUUCAGAUGGAAUAACGAUGUUGGCUUAUUGUUAUGAUAGUGGAACUGGAAUUAAUAUUGAUAAACAAAAGGCAGUUGAAUUAUAUCAGAAAGCUGCAAAUUUAGGACAUAAGGUAGGUCAAUAUAAUCUUGCUAUUAUAUAUGAAGAAGGAGAAGGAAUUGAAAAAGAUUUAUAUAAAGCAAUUUAUUGGUAUGAACAAUCAGCUAAACAAGGACAUCAAAAUGCUCAAACUAGAUUAAAAGAACUGAAGAAAAAUUAGAAUUAGAAACAAAUUUAUGAUGUAAAUUAUUUUAAGAAAAAUUUUUUUUUAUUGUAUUUAUAAUUGUACCAUUACAUAGGAAAAUAAACACAGUAAUUUUAAACAUUAGUAUUUAUUAAAUUACGUAGUAUCAAUUUUUAUAAUAUUAAAUUGAAUAAUAUAAUAAAUG